ACUUUCGAGUGACAGGACGUUUCGGUCCGAUCUUUUCCCCGCGUGCUGUUUGCCAGUCGAGUCAGUAUAGUUUUGUGCUUUAGUAGUGAGUGUUGGUUGGGUCUGUGUCUGUCGGUGGGAAAUCAUUUUGUUUCUCCUCGCGAUCCUGGGCGUCGUUCGAUUCGAUCAAAAAACGAGGUUCCUCUGCAAAGCAAAAGAAGAGACCGUUUGUGUCCUCCCACCGCGUCGCGCCGCGCCGUUUAGUGCGAGUAUUAUUUUUAGUUCACUUGCAUGUUUUUGUCUCCGCGCGUCGAGCGAGCGCCAUCCGUCCGUCGUCGUCGUUGUCGUCGUACCGCAUAGAACCAUCAGAUAAGGGUGGUUGUGUGGUGGAGCGGAAGUGGAACUUCGUUUUCGGUGGAAGAGCAAGAGGUGUAGAGCGACGUCCGUCCGCGAUACUCUUGUCGGCCAGUGUUGAACAGUAACCAGCCCGCUUCAGUUCUCUGUCAGUCAGCUCAGUGAGUUGUUGUGUGGAAUCGGAACCGAUAGAAGUCAGGUCACAGUGAAGUGUGUGCGAGUGCGUCCCCGCGGCAGCAGAGUGAAGAGUAUUUUGUUCAGUGCUCGCCGUGUCCGGUGUGAAGAUUUUCCUCGGUAUUUUCUUUCGCCUCUCUGUUCAUCUAUCCGUGAUUACUGAAGAAGGAAGGUUCCACCAACCGAACCCGUAAAAAUGUCGAACUUCGCUUGGGUGACGCUAGCGACCAAUGAUUCGUACUCGUUGGGCGCCCUGGUCGUGGCGCAUUCGCUCAAACGCGUGCACACAGCUCACCAGCUGGCCGUACUGAUAACGCCCGGUGUGUCGGAAGCCAUGAAAAACAAACUACGCACCAUUUUCAACGUAGUGGAGGAAGUGAACCUGCUCGACUCGAAGGACGAUGCCAACCUGGCCCUGCUGAAGCGUCCCGAGCUGGGAAUCACAUUCACAAAGCUGCACUGCUGGCGCCUGACGCAGUUCGAAAAGUGUGUCUUCCUGGACGCCGACACGCUGGUCCUGCGCAACUGCGAUGAACUGUUCGAACGGGAAGAAUUGUCCGCCGCCCCGGACGUAGGAUGGCCCGAUUGCUUCAACUCCGGCGUGUACGUGUACCGGCCAUCGCUGGAAACGUUCUCCAGUUUGAUGCAGUACGCCGUGACCAAUGGUAGCUUCGACGGAGGCGAUCAGGGUCUGCUGAAUUCGUACUUCUCCGACUGGGCGCAAAAGGACAUCGCGAAGCAUCUUCCGUUCAUCUACAACACUUCAUCGGUUGCUUCCUACUCGUAUCUUCCUGCAUUUAAGCAAUUCGGUCAAAACACAAAAAUUCUGCACUUCAUCGGCACGGCCAAACCGUGGCUGCAGAACUUCAACUCGGAGUCCCGACAAGUGCACAUCCCAGGUGGCUACCAGCAUCUGGCCAAUUUCCUACAGUACUGGUGGGAUAUCUUCUGCGAAGAUGUCCACUCACGUCUGAGUGCGGAUAUGCAACAAACAUUCAGUAACUGGAUCAAACCAAGCAAGGUCAGUCCUAGUAAUAAUGCGUACCGAUCGUCCGGUACCGGAAGCUUCUAUACUGGCGAUCACCACGACGGAGGCGGCGGUCAUUUUGGUGGCGGUGAAGGGACCGAUCAUAAUGGUAAUAGUAACACUAGUAGUAGCGCGGCAACAGGUGCGUACCAUCCGCAUUGGGAAGAUUUUGUUCCCAGCUAUGAUGCGACGAUCGAGUACGUCGACCCCUGGGAGGAAUUCCUCCGGCGGCAGGACGAAGAGCGCGAUCGUCUUGCCCGCGAACAGGAAAGGUUGUACUAUCAGUAUCUUGACAACCAACGGUUGCAGGAACAACAACAGCAGCAACAUGAUCACCAACAUCAUCAUCAUAAUCAUCAUCAUCAUGGUCAUGAUCAUCACGAUCAUCACGGUCACCAGCAAGAUGCUAAUGUUUUUCAGAACACAGAACAGUGGGUAGAUCACGCGCACCGGCACGAUCACAGUGGUCACUGGGAUCCCCAACCGGCGGCACCACCCGGUACGUGGCAACCGGAGAGUGUACGGCAUGAUGGAGGUGGCGGUGGCGAUGGACACCAGCACGAUCAUCACCAUCAACAUCAUCAACAGCACCAGGAACAGAUUGCUCCUCAGUCACAGCAACAGCAGCACCAGGUUGAUCAUUCCUCUGGUACGGGUGGUGAAGAGGUGAAACAUGAUCAUGGUGGUGAAGAGGUGAAACAUGAUCAUGGUGGAGGAGGUAGUGGUGAUAGUGGUGGAAGUGGUGAACAACAUCACCAACACUGGCAACAGCAACAACACCAGCAGGAACAUCACCACCAAGAACACCAUCAAGAACAUCAGGCGCAAGGUGGCGGUGAUGGGAGUGGCCUUGCUGGAGCGCUGGCGCACCUACACCUCGGCGAGCCAAAGUCCGUCGAGCAGGAAACCUACGAAGAGCACAUGCGCCGCCAGUGCUGGGAAUCGGGUAAUAUCGACUACAUGGGCCGUGACUCGUUUGAGAACAUCUGGCGCCGCAUCAAGCAAACGGUCAGCGCCGGACCGUCUCCGAUAGCUGACUCAUCGUCGUCUUCAGCACCGGUUAAUCCGCGUGCAAUCAGUCCGGCUCCGCCUCCAAGGCACCGCUCGUCCAAGUCCCGGUCCCGUUCGACCACACCAAAACGAGACCCACGGGAUCGUUCGCCUACUCCUCAACCUGAGGACAAUGUUCCUGUCGAGAAGAAGGAAGUUCAAAUUGGAGCAUCGAUCCAAGAAGAGGACGACAGUUUGAACGUUACACCACUGGACGAAAGCGCCGAGCGUAGGAAACUGCCACCGCCGGUCCAGUACAAUCCGAAGACCAGUACGACCACACUGACCAAAAAAGUAUUUGCAGGUUAUCAACAGAUCAUUACCACCAAAACCCAAGAAGGUAAAACCCAUACCCGUACCAAAACCGUUUAUGACCCUAGCGUAGAUGACGACGACACAGCCGGAUACGAUGCGGUUGAUGCCCCAGCCCAUGUAGCCUCCGCUACAAUUGCUGAAAGCCGACUAGAACCCGUUCAACCAUUGGAACCAGAACCGAAAGUAAAGCCUGCCCCGCCUGCACCGAAAGUAACGCCUGUCCCGCCUGCACCGAAAGCCACGCCCCCUCCUGUUCCUGCUUCUGCCCCUGCUCCUGUUCCUCAGCCGGAACACAAAUCGACACCACCACGCGCCUCACCUCGACCUCAGUUGGAACAACAGGUUGCCCAGGAAUCGAUGGCAGGUAAAGAACCCAGUGUCGAACCCGUCAAAACAAUCCGCCGUAAGCGACUAGCGUCACCAUCGGGCAUAGCCCCUACUACCACUUCCAUCGCCACACAAACGACCUCAUCAGUUAAACCCAAAUCACAGACAACCGUUGCGCCCAAGACCGCAACGGUAACCAAGACAACUGUCUCAUCAACACCACCGCUACCACCAACACCAUCACCCAAAGCUACGCCACAACAGCCUACUAAGACAAAGCCGGCUAAGCCCUCACAGUCGCUUUCCUCAUCCACCCUCACCACCACCGCCGCCGCCGCCACCACCAAACGUCAAUCAUUGCCAUCGCCACCAUCCCCAGCAUCCAAACCACCACCGCCACCAACCACCCUUUCGUCGACGAAUGGCCAGCCAAAGCCAACGAAGACUAUCGACGAGAUCGAAACCGCUCCGCUGACGGCCAACGACGAGCUGGACAUCGCCAGCAGUGCACCCGCGAAUCCACCGGUGCCGCCCCGUCGCAAGCGGGAAAGUAAAAUCUCUCGAAUAGUGCAGAUUCUCACCUCAACGGCGAGCAGUGUCAGUAGUUUUUGUUUUAAUGCGGUGAAGAAUGUGGUACAAACGACUUUCAACGUGACCGUCGACGCUAUGCUGGUGUUUUCGUUUUUCGUUGUGUGUUACAGUUUGGCAACUGCAUCCUCUUUUAUUGAAUCUUAAUAUUUUUUCUAGUUU